AUGGCCGGACGGCUACGUGACUCUCUAUCGACAUAUUUUUCCAAACAUAUUGAUUGCGGUGACUGGCGCGCCUGUUUACGCGUGCUCCGUGGGUGUGAGAAAGCCAGAACCUCGCUUCGCAGCCUCCCAUACAAAACACUUUUCCCAUUUUUAGUAGCUAACGGACAGUGGGAAUUUGUCCUCCGUUUAAGUAGUCAGUUCAUCGCAGUGAAUGAAAAAACUACCCCCACAACUGCGGGCACUGGUGCAGUGACUACUGAUAUUAAAAAAGAUGAUGAGGAUUUGUGUAACGUACUGCUUGGCGCCGCUCUUGCGUCAGAGGCCGUUAUCAGCAUGGGGAGCUGGCGAGCGGUGGUGAUGCUUGUGCGACACGCCACUGAACAAAGGCUGCAGCUUGAGCCUGAUAUUGUACGUAGUGCUCUGCGUGCUAUGGACAGCUGGCAACAGCAUGGGAGUGGACAAAGUAGUAACUCUAACGAAUUUUCAACAUUCGAGACUGAUAAGCGAAGGGAACAGUUAAUGUUCGCAAGGAAUAUUCUCCUGGCAAAUGCAUCACUUACGGAGGAGCACUCGUCAGUUCGCGCUGUUGAUUUGUGUAAUUUAGGACCACACACGAAAACUCGAGUAAUUCAAGUUGAACUGCUUCUUGGCGUGCGUGAUGUGUUUGAACCUUCAGAUCAGGCCGAUGGUCCUGGUAAUAAGUCCCAUUGGCUGAAGUUACAGGGGCAGAUGUCAGACUGCUUCACCUCAUCGUGGGAAGAUGCAGUAUAUACGUUACUGCGUGUUUGCACGUACCACGAAGGCACACCAAGGGAGGUAGGAGUAGAGGGAAACGGAGUUUGCGAUAACCUGACAGAGCGCUGUAGUUUAAACUCACUGAUAUCUGCGGUCGCCAACAACGCUAACCUUCGGCCCCAAGCAAUGGAACACGUUCUUCAAAUCGCUUUGGAACAGAUGCUUGACGGUUGUGUAAUUCGCGAUCUACCCACUUACAUAAUGAGUGAGGGAAAAGAUGUUAAAAGGGAUGAUACGGCACCCUCACAUUUCCUCGAGUGCAAUGCGGCGAACUUACUCUUGUGGUGUGCACAGCUAAGAGAAAACUGGGGUGCAGCAGUCGACACAGAACUAUUGAAAUGGAGGGCAGUUCUUAACUUGGUUAUUUUGAAGGUUGAGCAGCGGAGGCGACAGUUUGAGUUCCGGUGCUCCCCACAUCUGCUACCCCGGAAGAGCGAGGAGAAGCAUUUGCAGGAGGAUGCCACCACAUUGAUACGGUUGUGUGCUUCGGCACGUUUAGUGCUACUGGACGGUGGGGAUGGGGAGAAGGAUUGCUCAGUGUGCCUGCUGGACAACUCUGAACUCAAGUACGCGCAGCGUGUAUUGCAGCUGUUGAUGUCGCACGGCGCUCUUGUGAUUGCUGCCCUUACUCAUGAGCACGAGGUUGAAAUGAGAGAUGCUAUCGUUGGGGUUGUUGUCGAUACCGUCCGAACAAUUAUGACCGCAUGCGUUAAUAGUUGUCGUGUUAUCGAUGGAUGCCGGGUUAUUCGGCAACCCACUUUCGGCGAUGUUUCAAAGUGCUCUGCCGAUUCACUUUCUUUCGACGCAAAUUCUGUUCGUACGGCGAUGCGGAGAAAAUUUUGGACUGAUGUGUUUUUUCCAAAUAGCACUUUGUUUCUUCGCCAUGUCCAAAAAGAAGCACAAGGGGAUGAACUGCGUGUAUGCAUCGCUUGGCAAGAGCUUCUACGAGAGCUUUUUGCUGAGACGUCAGCGUUGGCAAUGUGGUUCGGUGCCGAUAAUUACGUGGACCGCAUACAUAGAGAAAGUGAAGCAGGAAAGACCCGGGUGGUUUCCCAAAGCGGCGAUGAGUCGACAAAUAAAAACCGUCGCAACCGUAAGCGGGACCCACACGUUAACGUUGACGAUGACAUUAUUACGGAAGAUCUAUCUCCUGUCAGUGACGAAUCCAUGAAGCAAAUACAGCAACUAGUGGAGUUUCUCAGCAGACGGUUUACCGUGGAUAUUUGUGGUGUCUCUCUCAGAGAGGGUGGUUGUUUUUACCACCAACAUCGAGAUGACAAUCCCACUCAAUUUCGCAUGGGGUCUGACUCCUCGGUUGUAGUCCCCGGGCUAUCAGAAGUGCUGAAGCGUCAAGAGAGUGUAAACGAUUUAGCUUCCAUGCUUGCGCAUACUCACAUGGAAAGAAACUCAGUCUCCGUGCCCGACAUCACUGCCACGCUGGGCACACUCGUUAAGUCCAUAGCGGACUAUCGCGUAAAGGGGUUGCUGGAGCAUAUGCUAAGGUUGACAAAAAACAAGAGACUUCAAAUGAAAACUAAAGAAAAGAAGGAAAGGUGGCAAUUGUGCCGGGUUGCUGUCGCCGCUCUUGUGCACGAAAGUGGUGUCUUUCCCCCAAAUGAAAAAACAGGGCUCGCGGUCAACAUUCUCGAAGGCACUGAACCGAGCGAAAAGAUGUGGGAACUAUCUCUAGCCCUUUUCGCUGAAGCGACUAUUUCUAUUUGUGCUCAAAAACCGUGUCACAAUCCGAUAGCAGGUGAUUGUAAUGAAGUGGUGGCAGUCAAUAAUUCGACUAACAAGAGCACCACUCUCGUGUAUAUUAUGGACGUGUUGGUCUCACAAACAACCCCUCCGCGGUGGCGGGAGGCCUUGCAAGUUGUUGAAACUGCUAGUGAAGCUGCUUUACGCUACCGCGGCACAACUGAACGAAGCGUCACACCGGCAAAGAAGCUUCCGUUGAGCGAGAGUGAGCAUAUUGACUUGUUUGAAACGGUCGAUUCACUGAAGCAGCAGCAACAGUGGGUUGACGCAGUGUCUCUGUUCACACAGUAUGAAGCGAGGCUGCUGAGUAGUCACGACAUAGCAGGGUUUUCAUUUGCUUUUGCACACGCUCCACUUUCCUUCAUACGCAUUGCGUUGUUGGCGUUGGGUCACCAGCAAAGUCGAGGGAUCGCACAAGCGGCGUUGACGGCGUGUGCGCGGCGUGUGAGGCAUCUAGAGCACCGAAAUCCUCGCCAUAGGGGGCAGGGCCACCAUUACAAGGAAAGAGCUAAUCAAGGAAAGGAAUGUAAUAGGCGUGGCGGGGAUGACACUUUGUGUGAGGAGAAUAAGGACGCAAGUACGGCAGAAGAUCAACAACGACGGUGUUUUGUGUUGCACGAGGUGAGACAUAUUAUACUUCUAGCACUUCAGGUUUGGCCGGUGCCUGUUGUCAAGGAGGUGGAUUUUACCUUUAUUUGGAAAACGGUGCUGCAGGGGUGUGGAGGUGACGUGGAAAUGGCGUAUUUCUUACUCAACCGGAGCUUCAUAUACAAGUCACCGGAGCUACAUUCAGAGAUAGCGGAACUGACGCAUAUGCUUGAUUUGUGUCAUCGUACCCAUGAUGUGAAAUCUGCGGCCUCCGCUUACAGGGAGUUUCGCAGGAGGCGGAUGGGUCUUCGAGUUCCAGAGGAGAGCAUGCUGAAACUUCUGGAGUUGUGUGUGAUGGGUCUCAAUGAUGAGCAGGUAGUUGAAGUGGAUGGAGGCCACGCCACACUGAAUGAAGGAACGUCGUGGUUACUAACUGUUUUGCUGGAUGUGUUGAGUAUGCACGACUCGGCGCUUUAUCUUGAUUCGAAGCAUAACACGUCUGGAGAAAAUAGCGUGUUUGUACGAGUCUGUGUCGUGCUUUUCAGCCUUAGGAGCGCAGCAACGUGGGAUUCUAACGGAGGCAAUAUCCGAAUAACGUCUGGCAUUCCUUUCUACAAUGACAAAGGUUAUCACACGACUAUCACUCCGAUUUUCACCUGCACUAUGAAACGGGGGAUGCGGCACCGUGCGCUCUCUGUGCUUCAUAUCUUACUUGACCACUUGGUUAAAAGCCACACCCGGUUUCUGCGAGAUAUAUCGAGUUUCGUUGGAGUGCUUUUGUCGAUUCCUCCCGAGGUUACUAGUGAGAGUUGUGCAGGGUCGGAGGCACCUUCCGAGGAGGCAUCCUUUUCAGGACUCGUUGAGGUUUUGAUAGUGCAUGUGGAAGAGUUACAGCAACAAUUCGGUGAUGUUGUGCCAGUUGCCAGUUUGUUUUGGCUUAAGGUACUACAUUAUUCGUUAGCGGGGUGCUCUGUCGGGCGUAAGUUUCCUGCCCGGAAAGGCAGUAAUCUCUCGCCGUUUUGUCCCUCGUUGUUUGUCGCUGAAAACAACGCAGCAGCUAUCGAAGCGGUAGACUCGCUUUUGAAAGAUGUGGUGACGAAAGCGCUUGAUGAAACGUGCCAUCGUCUGCAUAUGAUACACAAACUGGGAGAAGGUGUAAGUGAAACCUCCUACGUGCACUCACUUCGUAGAGAAUUACUUCCAUGCUCUUUUGAUGCCAUCAUUUACACGCUUUGCCGACAUUUUGGAAAGCACCCGUCACUUUCUGCAUUUCUCUCUGGUGCUGCCUUGAUGCUGCAACAACUUCGUGAAUUACCAACCUGUCCUCUCGACAGUGCUGACUUUACCGCAUCCUACUCAACAGUUGUGUACGGUGCGGUAUCUUUACAAGGAAUUCUUUCUGGUUUCUACGCUCGGCAGUCGUUGUUGCAGUUGGCGGUUGGUGGGCACCCUAGUGGUAGCUUGAGUGCUACAGUUGAGGGAACAUUUGCAUGUAUGGCACAUAAGGCAGCUGAAUAUGUGUUCUCGUAUGUCAAACUACUUUCCGCUUGGAUUCUUCCGCUCGCACGCACCGCGGAGGUGAACAAAAUUGAAGUGGGAGGCUCUUCAAUUUCUUUCAUACAUACAGAACACGUGCGUUUCCUGAUUCAACUUGUCGCGAAGGCGACAGGAACGUGCGCUGCUUGGGGGGAGUCUUCUCACAAGGAAAAAUGUAUGUUUAAACUACAAAGAUUGUGUGAUUCCCUAAGUCGGCUUGUUUUUGAAGGUGCUGGUACCUCCAAUUUUGGUGUGACGUGGAGCACGCGCAUGGUUCUUCGGGUACUCGAUAGUGUUCUUCGCAGGGUGACUAUUAAAGACGUUGAAUUCAACAACCUACUCAAAGAAGCAGCUGUACAUGCCGUGGAUUACCAAACUUCCAAUACCACAGAUUCUCUUCAAAGCGCAACAUUGGCUGUCGCGCUGAUAAUGCUAGAAUCAGCUAUAUCGAUGCCGAACAAUUUUCUGCAGGACGCUGUAUUGAUUCUUCCAUUUGAUGCUAAAGCAAGGGAGUUGCUGCAGGGAGAUGCAUCUCUUUUGACAGUCCUUGUGGUCGUCUGGUUGAUCUUCUUGGGCGUUUCUCCCUCCUUGAUCCACCGCGUUGUGAAAUCGCUGGUUCCGUUCACACCACAAUUUAUCGCAAAUGCUGAGCAGCUCCUUCUCUAUUUCUUACCUUCGGCGAUGCGCAUUACCAUGGUAUCCGAGUUGCUGCGAAUGAUUAUUUGUUCGGGUGAGAAUUUGGUGGAGCUUCUCGUUCUCGGUGUGCUUGUAACCAACAGGCAACGUGAUGAGUAUACUAGUCUGCAUGCGGAGGAGGUGGUGUUUUCUGUUAUUAAUGCAGUGGGUGCCACCGUACCGAACAGAUGGGACUUAGCACUCGCCGCAGCGCGUGGCUGUUCAUUGGUUUUGUCGCAGCCGCAGCGAAAAGAAGUGAGUGAUGCAAAUGAGGUUCUAGUUAGUAAGGCGAAACUCUGGGAAAGGCUAGCAGUUGCCAUCCAAUCAUGUGGACCGUGGCCCCGGGGUGUGGCACUUCAAACGCUCCUUGAGGUUCGUUGUGGGUCACCUUGUUCGGAGGGGCGUAGGGAUGAUAAACAUCACUCCGGUCUGCAGCAAGACUAUGUCGAACUGUUGCGGGCUACGUCGGACCUCAAUGCUCACUUUAAUUGCAGCAGCCUUGCGCCCCCACAAUAUCGGGGACCCGAUUCGUCGCCGUUGCGCCUGUUAGUGCAGCGUCGGCAUCAACAGAUAUUCCAGGCUGCAUCUAUAGUGCUGGGAAACGCACGGCAAAAACACGACAGAGAGGGCCGACAACGCGUCUUGGGGACACUUUUGAGUUGUGAUUCGUCCGUACAGUUUGUAGCCUGUGAACGUAUGGCAUCAUUAUCUCAUGGGAUCGGAACUUCACCCCAAAAGCAACGGGGCCGGGAUCGUGAUACAUUUGAUUCGUGGAUAGUCGACUGCGUUGCAUUGUGGCCGUGGGAAGCUAUAAGUAAUGACACUCAGCACUUUAUUAUUUGGAGUUACGCUACUUUGAAGGCCACAACAGCUUUGGGACGGCGGCUCCAAAGUGAAGAGACUCAACCUCUUUUGGUGUCGCCCUCCAUGGCGUUGGAAACACCUCCCACCACCUCCUUCUCUGUGGAGAACUCGGCGACCGUGCCUGCCACCACAGUUGCUGCUAGCUCAGUUACACUGAACUUUCCACGGGCGUUGUUUGGCAUGUCUUGGGCCAAGGAACUUCGGCGAGAACAGUCGGAAAGAGUGGGUGCAAAUGGGUCAAAAGGGUCAGAUUUCGUUAUUCCUUUCCCCUACGACUGUAAAACCAUAAUGACUGUGCUGCGUGGGGAUGGCUAUAUAACAGAUGUAACUGUUGAAGACACUCUCCUCGCCGUGAGUAGCGGUUUCAGUUGUCUACAAUACGUUUAUGCUCUUUUCAGUAGUGGGGGGCCUGUGAAAGAGGAGCGUGAGUUGCUUUUGUUUAUUGCUGGAUGUUGUCGCAGCAUGCAGGAGGUCGCUCACGCGGUUCUCAAACGACUCAACGGCCCACCACCGCUGUUAGACGCUGUGAUCAGCAUGUGGAAUGUUUUGUGCAUCCGUCGCGUGGAGUUUGGCGGCCUUCAGGAGUCGACUGACGUAGAAGGGGUGGCGGAAGCCCCUCUCGAUCACAAUACAGCAGCGUUAUUUGUCGUUCUGGCAGUGGGUGCGCUAAGACGUAGUGGGGAUUCAUCAUUAAUUUCGAAGAAUAGCACCCAACAACAACGGCAGCUUAUUGCUGAGAUGUUUGCGCACACUGCUAUUGUUUGUGGUGGUAGCCGGAAUCGUGAGUGGGAAGAGAAGCAGGGACAUUUUGAUGAAGCACUGUUUAGAAAAAGGUGUGUCGACGUUGCGGGAGCUGCUAUUCGCAAGCUUGGGCUGCAGAAACAUUGGCAUGUACAAGUUUGUGAAAGUUCUUUCUUUGAUGACCAUAUUAAUUUGGCGAUUCGAUUAGUACGUGAUGAUACCACGUGGAUUUCGCUGUGGCCGCCUAUGUCGUUGGAAUUGUCGCGUUGUCGUCGGUAUGUCGAUGGGGUUCUUUGUAGUAAUUCAGUGAAGGUGGAUGCUUGCCAAGUUCGCCACCCCAAAGCAAUUUGUUGGCUAAUGGAACAGUGUGUCGCUGCAUCUUCCCGUUUUCGUGGAGAGAAGGCACGACUUUUCGACGUCAUCGGCUUGCUUGACAUUUUACAGGGUUACAUUUUGAGGGGAGUUGCUUAUUUCACUUUGGUGUCACCAGAGCGAAGCACACAAGUGAAGGUAGAGGACAGUACGGCGGCUCCGCUAUAUGUGCGUGGAACAGCCGCUGGACUCGUUGUUGAUCAAUUUGCCUCUCUCGCUAUCAAACGAUGGUCACGGGAACCGUGUCAUUGGUCGGACCACGCCAACAUAGGAGUAUAUGAUGUUAUUCGUAACCUUGUGGAUGCUAUUUUCCCACGCACAAGUCGCAUUUCUGAACCGCCUUCCGGGGCGCACUCAUUCCUAUCGGGUUAUGCACCAGUUAGUACAACUGGAGUGGUUGCGCUCACGCAGUUGCUUGUGGUACGCGAGGACCUUGAAGAACGGCGCACCGUCGUUGUUGACCACGUGGUGUCGCUGCUAAAACUAGAGCAGCGGCGCGAAGCCACUCGUCUACUGGUAGCUAACGAUGUUAAAACUUCCAGUUGGUCAAACUUUCCUGAUAAUUUGGGAGUUGAGAUUGGCAGGUCGAGGCAACCCUGUGAUUUAAAGGACAUGUUAUUGUUUCAUGUACGGGCCCUUGUCGCAUCAGUUCGUUUCGUUAAUCCUCUGGGAUGGCAUGAUAAACGGCAAUUAACACUUGAUACUGCAUACACCGCGCUUUUAGACUUUCUCCUACUAUACGACGGAGGUCAACUGUCGUUGAGGGAAGUGGAUAUUGUGACAGGUGAGGUGGAGAGCGAGUUGGAGAAGAUAUUUGGUUCUGGCGUUCGCAGGGUUAUUCUGGCGUCGCGGCCAAGACGGACAGCAGUUUCCCAGGAUGAGGCUGUAACAGUUGAAAUGUUGCUGGAUUUUUUGAAUGGUAAGUGGAAAAGGCAAGACACUAGAAGGCAGCGACAAGAAGUUCGGUUGCACUAUAAACUGCACGAAAUACUUGCAAGCCAUAACGGUGGUGAUGUGAUCGCUGGCGCUCCAGAAAUAUUGCUUCUGGAUGGUGAGGAAAUGAAGGGUGCAGAGUUUUCUGCGCUACUAUCCGCAUUCCCCGAUACAUAUACUGUUGUGCAAAAAGCACUGUGGAGCGCCGCCGUUGUACCUUCGCAUGAUGUCACAUUCAAAAUCCUUGAUGCGGCCGUCUCAGGUAACGGCGACGUCGGUGCCAUAUGUGCGGCCCUGCAGGUUUUUGCUACAGUUGCCCCCUACAUGGUGGUCACAACGAUGAUGCUGGAAAAGGUGCUAGUUUUGUUGAUCGAGGCGCAAAAAUAUCGUGUCUCUAAGAGCUGUGCUGCGCUGUGUCGUUCAACCCUCGACUUAAUUUUGCGUAGAUUCCAGUACGUUCCACUAAACACCCCAGAGGCAGUAGCGAUGAUGGCUGAGUUAUAUGCAUUGCUCUCUGCAAAGAGCCGCACUAUCUCUGGUAUGUCAGAGAUCGAAGAGGUGGAGUUGGAGCACCUGCUUUGGCGGUGCGUUGUGGAAUCGGACCGGGUCGAACGAGCGCCACUCGAGGAUGCUUUGUCUCUUUUAGAGUAUCACUCUUUAAAAUCUGUUCAUCGUGGUUGCAGGCUAUUUCUCCUUUAUAGGAAUAACAGACCGCACUACGACCCACCAUUUCUUCGCCUUGGCCGAAUGCUAGACGCUCUCCUCAUCUUCAGAAAAACCCCAAACCAAAGUACGCAUGUGUGCCUCACUGAAGGGUUGCUGAAGUCAUUGGAAAAGGAAGCGUACGCUUCUCCCAUGCAUGCUAGUUCUGAAGAGAUAAGGCUUCUGCCAUGGCGCCGGUCGUUACGUUUCAUGCCUGACAACAGCGACGAGUGUGGUGUCGAGGGGUUGCGGUGUCGUUUUUUUAUAGUUAUCAUGACGCAGCUUUUUUUGCUUCGUAGUAGGGGCGUUAACGCUAUUCGUCACCUAUGGAAAGAAGCCCUUGUUUCCAUCACCAGGACUGCAGAAAAGAAUAUGUGGUGUGUUGUAAGUGGAAAUGAGCACUGCCGCCGCGCGACCGAACUUGCGCUUCGCACCAUCCACAUUGCGCAACCAUUAGAUCAGUGGGUGCCCGCCCUUAACCUAGUGCAGCGCCUCCCCGCAGUCUCUGCUGGCUCAACUCUGCAAUACUUUCGUACAGUUGAUGAGGCACUAUCGGAAACGCUACGCUACGUACUUGGAGCUUGCAGCAUGACUUCCAUCCCAAUCGCAGUCUUAGUGGAAUUUCUUCGCUUCCUUGCUGCUAAACCACCCUUCGUACAACUCAUUAGUAGAGGGUGUAACAGUUCUGUCCGUCACCUAAACUGCGCCCAAAUGCUUGCGGACCUCACGAAGAAACUGCAGAAACACCCAUAUUUGGGAUGGAUAGACGGCCUCGCUGUCCUGCAAUCUUUGAGCUUUCAUCGGCCGAACUCAAGUGAUGUAACGAAGAAGACGGAUCCAAAGAGAGACAAUGGUGACAAAUCCUAUAUCAUUUUGCGCGAAGCAAAGGCAGCCUUUGUGACCGCGACAAUGCAGCGGAUGUACAAGCGACAGGCAUAUGAACCUUUGCUGAGGUUUGUGGAAGCAGCACAGCAGACAACAGAUAACCCUCGAAUUAGAGGACGCGAUACUUUGGCGAUGCUGGAACACGCAGCAUCAGUUGUUUUCCCCAUCUCUGCCGAUAGCAACGGGCCGUGGGUGAUCCUCUCACUUCUGAAUGGCACACUUAUUGGUAAAACUGUGGAUGAUAUGCUACGGGAGCAAUCCUCCGGGACCUUAUCGAGGAAAGAACGGCACCUGCAUGACUUGCUGCGCAAUGGUCAAACUGGUGACGCAGCUGUUGUUGCAAGACAGGCGCCUCAGUUACUUCAAUCUCGGGCGACUCACGACGCCUGCGUCAGUUUGAUACGGCGGUUCCAUCACAGUGCCGUCGUACACUUCUAUGACGAGUUGCUUCAUGGUGGGCAGGACGGAAGUGAAUGCAUGUACGCGGCACCGACAACAUACAUUCAGUGCUACGAACGGGUUGUUAUUUUUCGCAAUCUCCCCGCGGAUUCGUUAACAUUAGCGGUAACCGCGUUCGAAGUCGCAUCUAAUUGUCCUAGCGGACUUUCCGAGCGCUCGCAGUGGACAGGGGUUUUUAUAGCCGUGGCAUGGCUGAGGGCACAAACAAAUGAUUCCGUUUGUUUUGAGCCACUCGCGUUGACACUUCGGUGGGUGCAACGAGAUGUGCCGAAAACUGUGGAGGGACCACUGAGUGUUUUGGAAGCUACUGUGCAAGAAAUACUUUCCACUUGUGAAGCUGCAGAGGGCAAUCAGAUAGAGAAUGACAGUGAGGGUGUUACCUCCUCAGCAUUGCGUAUGCUUUGCGUGAACCGCACCGCGACUCGGCUGCUAGUGGAAAUCCUUUCCGGCGUGUUCCCAACCACCACUUCUCGGCUUUGCGGGGCGCUCCAGCGUGAAUACCAAAAAGUAAAGCUGUGUCCACCCACUGAAGAAAAGAAUGAAUGGUUAGAUUUCUUGUGCUCCACAGCUGCGUAUAACGAGGCACUGUACACGAACAACGAACAGUAUAAGUUGCUUGCUAGAACUCCUUCAGAUACAAACCAGCGCAAUACGAUACUUUUUUGGCGCAAUCGGGAGAUAUUUCGCGCCAGACCUGGCGGCGGAAGCAGUGAUUGGCUAUCGGCCCUCGCAGCGUACGUCUCUGCAAGAUCCUAUAUCGGACGGCCGUGCGUUACGGCAGCGCAAGCAACGCAGCUAGUUAACCUAAUGGUGGCUAGCGGGUCCCUUGGAGUUGUUGUUACUGCAGCGCGCGAUGUGUUUUUGUUUUCACCUGAAGCAGUUCCGUUGGGCGAUUCCGUGAGCACUGCCGACUCAAUCUGCACGGAAGCCUUAUCACUGUUAUUUUCUGGGUUGCAUUCCAUGAAGCGUCAGGCUAUCAACUUCGUCAACACUGAGACCUCCGAGAAGCAUCUACCAAUGCUUUUGCAGAAUACGCUUAACGAGCUUGAAAUGCUUAAUCAUUUUGUUGAGGAUGUUUUGGAACGAUUGCAGGAGAAAGAAUCUGUUUCUUCUACAUCGGGGAUCGGAGCGUUUUGGGGUAACACGGAGCUGGGGUGCCACAUGAUUGGCUGUCUCGCACUAACGCCCAUAGGAACCGCAUCAACCACUCGUGGUAAUAUUUCAGCCGCCAAUAUUGUUUCGUCGCUUGAGCGGUGGCGGUUGCUGCUUUUGUGUGUUCUAAAUGCAUUGCCCCCACACCAACGGCACGCCAGUGUACUUAACGCCGUGAUGGUUAGCAUCCGUGACGCGUUUGUGAUACUCAACAAGCUCCAAAAGUGUCCCGUUCCCGCAGUGACCGGAUGCCAGGAGGCGCUCAAAGGGUUAUGGUGUGACGCCUUGUCUUUGGUAGCAAGCAACAAUGAGCUCCGUCGUUGUUUCUUCAGUACUGGCAAGGGGUGUAACCUUUCUCAGCAGGGUAUGCUGAGGCAGGAUGUUGUUGAUGCACUCUUUCAUUGUGCAAGUCUUACGGGUGACAGGGGAUUGAAUGCAAUGAAAGCACUGUGCGAUUCCCUGGUGCGUCCUCAUGGCAUUCGAUUGUCGGAGGAGGCGAUGUCACUUUUGAAGGUGGCGUGUAUUAAUAAUAUGGACCAGAGGCAUGGCUUACGAUUCCUUGUGAUCUGUGAGUCACUUCUGGGUGGUCCUCCGCUUGUAGCACAGCGGCAAGCAGAACUGCUAGCGGAUGAUAUGGAACUUCAAGAAUUGGAAUACCUUUCAACCGUUGAAAAAAAAUUGUCAGUUGAUUGUGCCAAACUUGUCUUUUUGGUUGAAAAGAGGCGGGCUGCAGGUGUUCGGCUGCAACGGAGCCAUUAUCGGAAAUUAUUCCUCCUUUUGGAAGAACGCGGAAAAGGCUUGAAACCUAUUGAGAUGGCUGAUGCGGUAAUGUUCUUGUACUUUUCUCAACUUCAAGAUGGUAGUACACCGGAUGUACGAGACGUCGAGAGGUUACUACAUGUACUCUCACGAGCUGCUGUGCCUCCUUUACUUAUACUACAAUAUGCGAAAGCAAUGACGUUAAUCCCCUAUGCACGAACCGGACGUAAUACCGGGCAGAAGAUAUCUUCCUUACCACGCUCAGAAACGAACGCAUAUGAGGUGGGAGAAAUGCCUUAUUUUAUUCCCUCCGAGGAACUACUUGUCCUUAUCACGGAUGCGGCAUGGAAACUACGGUUUGCUACACAAGAGGGAGGGUGUGCUUCAGCUGAUGAGACACAGGAGGGUAUUCAGAUGUUCGCAUCGUUCCUGGAAUGGUCCACCCAGUUCAGUCGCAUUCAUUGCUUCAAACCUAGUCUCGUGGAGUCAAUAGUGCUGAUUCUAUGUACGUUGCCGGAAAAGGCGUCUAUGACACCAAAAACUAUGGGUAAUGAAUCCCAUGCUGUUGCCGUUACUCAGCAAUUUUUAGGUGACGUUAGGGUACUACUACCCAUUGCCUUAUCACGGACAUUUGGAGGUCAUGCCUUCAGCGAAGAUGCACAGUCCAUUUUCCAAAUGAGCAUGCGCUCUUCGGGUGAAAAUAUUGGCGGGGACCGUAUCCAGAUUCCCGAAUUGGUGCAAACCGUCAUUCCCACGCAAGAAUCCCUUUGUGAACUUCGCAACACUGCUCUUGCAGCGGCGCAUGUCAUUAAGCAACAGAUGAUGCUUCACAGUUCUCUUCCAAUUUCAUCGUCGUUGUUGUGCCGCGUGUUUGCUGCAGCGGUCGCGGGGUGUGGUUCCACGAGGCUCUCCCAAACACUUGAAGUUCUGAGCCAAAUCGCACGGGAUGAUAAACUUAUUACUCCACCGCUGCGCUAUUUGCUCGCUUUAACCGUCGCGGAGCAGUCAGUUUUGUGGGAUCUUUUUUACAAAAGCGCUUGUCCCGACGUGGAGGUCGAGGGGGUGACAGCUGCGGUUGUAGUUCAUUAUGUUUCUAAGGCUUUUGAUAUUGUUCGUCUAUGCUUUGCCCCGAAAGAGAGUUUGACGCUUGGUGAGGUGUUGCUGCCAUGCAGUUCCGGGGAAGGUGCCGAAGAUUGCAACGAAUUUGAAGAUAAAGGGGAUUGGGGUCAGGGCAGAGGACUGUCGUGGGAAGAACGGUUGGGUGAAGUAAACGGCGAGCCAACUUCCACACGCAGUUGCGACAACGAUCUGCUUCUCUGGGAAAAGUCAUUACAACUUUUUGGUGUUUUCUUUCUUAACGCACGUCCGAAAGCCGACCUCUCUGUUCCAUUCGUGACACUGUUGGAAAUUCUUUGCCGGUGUGGGCAGUGGAGCUCGGCUUGCAAAUAUGUCGCACGAGUCGGUGCGCCUGGCCAGCAACCACUGAGGCGAACCUUGCAAGCCCUUACCAACCCUCCUAAGAGAGAAAGUGGGUUCGACACAUCGGUUAACGCGGAUGAUAUAGACACCGAGAAGCUCCUCUCACAGCAUGUGGUUGUUGACGGUUUUCUUCUUGAACGCCUGGUUAGGACAGUGUACACGGCACAUCAACUAUGGCAAAGGCAGCAUGUAGUGAAUACAGAGCGCAGUAACAACAUACCCCUGGGGUUCUGGCGUCUGGCCCUGCACCUGCUUGAAGAGCAUAAAUUAUUUGUGAAAAGAAGCCUCAUCGCCUCUGAUAGCGACGCACGUAAUGGAAAAGCUCAUUCUAGUCUAUCGCCGUCCACUUUUGCAGUGAUGAUGAAAAUUCGUCCGCAAUAA